AAUACCAGCAAGAAGAUAUGAGGGUUUUUUAGUAAUGUUUUUUGCUACUGAUGAGAUCAACAAGAAUCCUUAUCUUUUACCCAACAUGUCUUUGACAUUCUCCCGCAUUGUUGGCAUGUGUGAAGACACUUUUGGACUUCUGGAUAAAACAUAUUCACCAAAAAACAAUAAUUUUAUCAAUUAUAACUGUAGAAUACAUACAAGAUGUGAUAUACAACUUACAGGACCAUCAUGGAUGACAACCUUAAAACUGGCAAUUAAUUCUAGGAAACCGAAGAUUUUCUUUGGACCAUUUAAUCCUAACCUGAGUGACCAUGACCAGUUUCCCUACGUCCAUCAAAUAGCCACCAAGGACACACGUUUGUCCCAUGGCAUGGUCUCCUCGAUGCUUCAUUUUAGAUGGACUUGGAUUGGCCUGGUCAUAUCAAGUGAUGACCAGGGUAUUCAGUUUCUCUCAGACUUGAGAGAAGAAAUGCAAAUGUUUGGGAUCUGUUUAGCUUUUGUGAAUGUGAUCCCAGAAAACAUGCAGAUAUACAUGACAAGGGCUAUGAUAUAUGAUAAAGAAAUUAUGACAUCAACAGCCAAGGUUGUUAUCAUUUAUGCUGAAAUGAAUUCUACUGUAGAAAUCAGCUUUAGAAGAUGGGAAUAUUUAGGCGCUCAGAGAAUCUGGAUCACAACCUCACAAUGGGAUGUCACCACAAAUAAAAAAGGUUUCAGCCUUGAUUUCUUCCAUGGGACUGUCACUUUUGCACACCACCACAGUGAAAUUACUAAAUUUAGGAAUUUUUUGCAAACAAUGAACACUAGGAUAUACCCAGUAAACAUUUCUGAGUCUAUACUGGGCUGGAAUUAUUUUAAUUGCUCAAUAUCAAAGAACACCAAUAAAAUGGUUCCUUUUACACUCAAUGACACAUUGGAAUGGACAGCACUGCACAAAUAUGACCUGUUUCUGAGUGAAGAAGGUUACAAUUUGUAUAAUGCUGUGUAUGCUGUGGCCCACACCUACCAUGAACUCAUUCUUCAACAAGUAGAGUCUCAGAAAAUGGCAGAACCCAAAGGAGUAUUCUUUGACUGUCAGCAGGUGUCUUCCUUGCUGAAAACCAUAGUAUUUACUAACCCAGUUGGAGAACUGGUGAAUAUGAACCAUAGGGAAAAUCAGUGUGCAGAAUAUGACAUUUUCAUCAUUUGGAGUUUUCCACAAGGCCUUGGAUUAAAAAUAAAAAUAGGAAGCUAUUUUCCUUGUCUCUUACAGAGUCAACAACUUCAUACACCUGAAGACUUGGAGUGGGCUAGAGGAGGAACAUCAGUUCCCUCCUCCAUGUGUAGUGUGACAUGUACUGCUGGAUUCAGGAAAAUUCAUCAGAAAGAAACAGAAGACCGCUGCUUUGAUUGUGUCCAGUGCCCAGAAAAUGAGAUAUCCAAUGAAACAG